CACACACAGGGAGAAGGGCAGCACAAACAGCACGCAGGAUGGGCACCCUCCUACUGGACAUCGCCCUCUUCGUCUCCGCCGCGCUGCUGAUCCCGCCCGCGUUCAUCGUGGCAAGCAAGGGCCCCAUCGAUGGCAUCCGAGAGUUGGUUGGAGAGGACUCCAUCACUGCCUACGACGAGGAAUCGUACGUGCUGAAGCAUAUCGUCUUCAUCGAUUGUGCGAAGAACUGGUUCCUCGCGGCGCUCUAUUUGGCAGCGAUCACCAUGGAAGCGGCCGCUAAGGAGAAGGUCGCGAUCCUCGCCAUCCUCCUGAUGCGCGAUCCAGAGCAGAAAUGAACUUGAACUUGACGUCGUCGCGGCGAUGGCGUCUUCAUGAGACCACGUCGCCUCGACGCCGUCGACGCGCUCUCGUGAAUGAACUGAGACGGCAUCGCGACGGCGUUGUCCCGCGCAGGCUCCUCAUCGGCGCGGUGCAGGUGAUCGCGCCCGCGAAAGAGUCGAUCGCGCCCUACCCGUCGCUCGAGGGCAUCACGGGCAACCCGGUCUUCCUGCCCAUCUGCGGCACGCAGAUAGUCUUACUCACGCUAGGCGUCCUGUUCGCCUCGCCGGCGACGAAGAAGAAGAAGCCCGCCGCGACGCGGGCGACGCGGGCCUCGACGCGCGCGAAGCGCAGCUAGAUGAUCACCUCGUUCGCUCUCACGUUUUAAUCAGCAU